AUGACAGUGAAUGACAAGAAAAGAUUGGCUAUUAUAGGUGGGGGACCAGGGGGGUUGGCUGCUGCCAGAGUAUUCUCACAAAGUCUCAAUAAUCUUGAAAUAGAGAUCUUUGUAAAGGAUUACGACAUUGGCGGUGUUUGGCACUAUCCAGAACAAGAGAAGGAUGGAAGGGUUAUGUAUGAUCAUUUGGAAACCAAUAUAUCUAAAGAGCUAAUGCAGUUUAGCGGGUUCCCCUUCGACGCAAGCGUCCCUUUAUAUCCCUCUAGGAAAAACAUCUGGGAGUAUCUGAAGGAAUAUUAUAAAACGUUCGUAGCCAACAAAGAUUGCAUUACAAUCCACUUCAGUACCGAGGUUACCCAUUUGGAGAAAAGGGGUUCUCAGUGGAAAAUAACUUACAAAAAUGGGCUUGCGACGACCAAAUCUGAUUUUGAUUUUGCUAUUGUUGCCUCGGGCCACUAUAGUGCGCCCAAAUUUCCAUCCAGCAUCACGGGAAUCGGUCAAUGGUUCGAUGAUAAGAGCGCCAUCCAUUCCAAAAAUUUCAAAAACUGCGAAUUCGCCCGCGACAAAACGGUUAUUGUAGUGGGGAAUGGUAGUUCUGGUCAAGAUAUUGCCAACCAAUUGACAACUGUUGCGAAGAAAGUUUAUAAUAGUAUAAGGGAGGCUGCAAGCAAUCAGCCAAAGGCGAAAUUAAUCGAGACCAUUCCAACAAUAAAUGGUGCUGAUCGGAGAAAUAGUUCGGUAGCUUUAUCUGAUGGGAGAGUAAUUCAAAAUGUGGACUAUAUUGUUUUCGCUACGGGCUAUUAUUACAGCUUCCCCUUUAUAGAGCCCUCCAUUAGGUUGGACGUGUUAGGAGAAGGUGUCACUCACGAUAGAAACUCGUCCGUCAACCUGCACAAUCUAUGGGAGCAUAUGAUUUACGUGAAGGAUCCCACAUUAUCUUUCAUCCUAAUCCCUCAAUUGGUCAUUCCCUUCCCACUGUCAGAACUCCAAGCUGCCAUCAUGGUAGAAGCAUUUUGUAAGAACCUACCAAUAGCAACAGAAUUCGACUCUAGCAUCUGCGGUGCCCAUAAUUUCCCAAAGGGCAAAGAUCUCGAACACUAUGCGGAGCUACAGGAAAUUCUGAGCAGUAUUCCACAUAGAAUCGGCCAUUUUGAUCCAGUGAAAUGGGACGAGAGACUUACAGAACUAAGAAACACCAGUUACACAGACAAGGAGGAGAGAAAUAUGCUUCUUACUGAACACGCACAAACCCUAAGGGAAAAAAAAAUACCGUACUUCCUCCCAGCGCCACAUGCUUGA